UUUUUUGCCGUUUUUUUGCUCAAUAUUAUAAAGUAUCUAAUGUGUAUAAACGGAACCCUUCGUGCGACUCGCACUCGGUCGGUUUUUAUUUAUUUUCAGAACCCAAGAAAAGCGACCUAUUUUUAUAUUUUUAAUUUAUUCCAUACUUAUAAAUUAUGGUAAUAAAUAAUGGGUUUAAAACCUACCUAUAUGUAUAUUGAGAAGCAAAUGCAACCCUAAAGGUGAUGAAUACGAGCGAGCUUGAGCCGGGGGCGGUGUGGUACGAAAUUUAAUCUACCCUCUCCCUGUCUGCCACCCCCACAUCCACCCUGCCGCUACACCACUAUACUACACAGUCAGUACAUACAAGCACUCCGGCAAAUUACUUAUUCAUGUCAGCACGCCUAUGAUAAGUAGAAUGAUAUCUGUAGGUACACUAAGGAACUUUGUUUUUUAUUAAGGUUACCAUGAGAACGAUUAGUACAACCAGAAUUCACAGCUGUGGUGAAUAACUGGUCGCCAUCAGGUAUAUCUACCAGUAUAUCUACCAGCUAGGUAUAUGUGCAAUGCUCGCGUCGCCGCUGCCGCCGCCGGCACGUAGAAUACCGUUAGAAGUGAGAUAAAAAAAGCAACGAAAUGUGAUGUAAAGCGAGGGAUCUACCAAACAAAUAUCUUGACUUGACUGCCACAUUGUUGUCGUAGUCAAAACUGUUUACAACUCACCAGUCUUAUUCGGAUGUCAAAAUCACUGAUCCACCUUUUGUGGCUUAUUAUUUUUUUAGCUUGUGAUUCGUUGUAUUAUUAGGUAUAAUUAAAUGAAAAAUCAUGUCAGUAGGCACUAAGUAUGUGAAUGAUAUACUGCUACAUAUUAACUUAAUAAAUUGAACAGUGAUUAUGAUUAAAGAUGCUUGUUAUUAUUUUUAUUUUAGAUAAAAAUAAUAAGUUUCAACCAUCAUAAGAUUUUCUCGUGUUUACGAAUUGAAUAAACAAAUAAAUUUAAAACUCAAGAUCUUGUUUGUCAUAAGUAAUACCACAUAGUACAUAAUACAUAGGAUUUUAACCAUAAACUUAAAUAUUUUUUUGACAAAACAAUAAAAACUUGAAGAAGUUUUGAUGCUACCUGAAAAGUGUGCCAUAUUUUCGCCGAAUAUUCUUUUACGGAAGUGUUAGUUUUUUUGUCAUGAUUAAGUUUUUUGAUUUGGUUGAAAGGGAAUUGAUUUAUCUAUAAGUAGACGAUGAACCCGACACUUAAUAAAUAUACUGCACUUUUAAUAAUAAUGACAUAAAAAUCAUUAAGCAGCAAUCUCGCAAAAUUUUCCAUGCUCUACGUAAAUUACAGGGCCGAGCGAGAGGGCGCUACGUGGGCUGCGGUCGUCGCAUUCGCCCUCCACGAAAGCCUCCUGAAAAUAUCUAUUGAUUAUCGUAUACACAGCGGUUGGUACGUAUACCCACCUCGCCCCGUAUUAUGUCGCUUUCGAGUGCCAAUUUAUUUGAAGAACGCUAGUGAAGCUAGUGUACCAUCCGCGUCGCUGACGUACAUUCACCACCUACUACUACCACAUACCCACCUAAUUCAAAAUAAUGCCAAUAACUGUGCACUGUUGACGUCUUCGAAAAUAGCCCAAGCGGCCGAUUACCUUACGUAUCAGGGGCGAUGUUUACGUUCAAUAUAAAUAGUUUGUCUACGUAUCAGAGAGAUGACGCUACUUUGCCAUCUCGUGUUUGCAAUAUCAUUAUAAAGGCGAGCGUGAGUUAUUUUAAAUAUAGCUACAAAAGCAUGCUAUUAUUGUUUAAUACCCAUAUAAGUUCAUUGCUCUACAACAACAUGAUUUAUAACUUCUAUGAGUACAUAUGUACUUAAAAGAUAUACCAGGGAAGAUAUAAUGGCGGGUUCACUACCUAUGUAUAAACCGUCUUACCAUGACGUAGACGUACAUACAGUUUAUGUCGGUCGAGACCUGUCGAGCUGGCCCAAGAGCAAAAGCUUUAAGCAAAAUACAACGUUUUGUUAUCUAAUAAGGUAAGCCUAAAAUUAUAUUGAGUUGUAAAUAUUACAAUAAUUCAUAAAAAAUACUAAAUGAUAUAGGUACCUAUAUAUUAUAAAAUGUAGUCUCUACCUGUAUUAAUAUAUUAUAUCAAAUGUUAAAAUACAGAAGUCCUACUCCAUCCAUAGGCAAGGAAUAUGUGUACUAGAACUAGAAGUAGUGGGGAAAUUAAUAGGCCGUUAAGAUGAUGAAGAAAAUACAGAAAUCAUCGUUCAAGUUAUUUUUUUCCGAAAACCGAGAUGGAAAAUACCACGAUAAUAAUAGAGUCGUACCACGGGAAUAAUAAUACGUAUGAAUCUGCUUAUUGUUAAAUGAAAUUUCAAUUCCAGCACUCCUCACUGCAAUAUAAAAUGAUCAUUUUGUAUUAAGAUUUUUUUAUUUACAACGUGGUAUCACUGCAUUCGCAAGAAACGGAACGCGCUUGCGCGAGCCCGCGGGUGAUCGCGGUGCGGAGGGACGCAAGGCCGGGGCGGGGCGUGCGGGGAGCGCGGGGCGAGGCAACGUCACGUCGAACAACGCAGCUGCUAUACGACUCAUUUUAAAAGGCAUCCCAACAUACGAUGAGUCAACUCACCCGACGCACACAGUAUUGUGCCGCAUAAAAACUUGCCUGCGUCGCUCGAGUCGUCCAACGCGAUUACGAGAGGUGGGAGCUGUGAGAUUGGUGUAGUAAAAGUGGCUCUCUUUGCGCGAGUGUAUUUUUAUGCUCAAUAUUUCAAAUUCUAUCUCCGUUUGAAGGUCGUUUACCUGUGCAUACUGAUAAACGAUAAUGGUGCUCGGUUGAAAACCACAGUGUACAAACGUUAUAUAGUGUCCAGAAUAUCACUGUCAAAAUAAGGCGGAAAAUAAAUAAAUAGGGCUAAAAUACAACUGUGCGCUGGUGGUUAUGUUGAAAGUAAACCUUAAUGUUAGGUACAACUGGAGUGACUUUUGUGUGGCAAAGUGAACUUAUAAUUAUAUUGGACGAUUCAUUGUGAUUAUGAUAAAACGCUGGUUAUCAAAAGGCUUCUCAGCAAUCGCCAUGGACUGGAGACUUCAUAAAGGAGCACACACAUACCGAUGAAGCUUGUCGAGGCCACAGACUUUUAAAUAGUCAUGGAUGAGCCUGCCGUACAACAACUCCCUGAGAGGGAGGAACCAAAUAGUAACAAUGAACUUGAAGUAAAACCAGCUGAAGAAGUCGGAACGGAACAAGAGUCCUUUUGUGAGACAAAAGACGAAAAAGCCAGUGAUAGUGAUGGUAACAGUGAUUUGAGCAGUAAUGAAGAUCAAAAUCAUGUAAAUAGCAAUAGCAACUCUCAGUUUUAUGAGAGUAGUGAUAGUAAAAUAGAUUUUGCUGUAAAAAUAGAUGAUAGUGAUACGUUAAGUGAUAUCGAAGAUAUAAAAACAGAUACAGCGUCAGCUGAUAGUGAAGAUUCGGCAUUGGGUAGCUUACCUCCUGAUGGAGCACCCAAUGACAGAGAAGAAGAAGUUCAAGAUCGUUCGGACGGUAGUGACUCGGGAAUUGGAUCCGAAACAAAUGAAGAUACUAAAGCGCCUUCUUUUAAUUUAUCAUUGCCAUGUACGAGCGGUUUAGUCAACAAACCUCCAGAAGAAUCAAGACCAGUUGAAAAUAAUAUAAGCGUAGCUUUAGAUGAUAAAUCUGAUAAUAGCAGUAAUCAUCCAAUUUUAACGCAAUCGCAAAAGUCCCUUAAAAGUAGUCUUAAACGAAAACACUACAGUGAAGAUACGGAUGAACCACACGCGAAAAGAAAAAAGGAAAGUAUUAAGUUUGACAAUGUAACGGUAUAUUACUUCCCUAGAGCUCAAGGGUUCACUUGUGUCCCAUCACAAGGUGGCUCCACUUUAGGAAUGGAAUGGGAACACACUCACGAACAAACAUUUACCUUAGCGGAACAUGCUUUAGAACAGAGACGAUUGCACAGACAAAUCUUACAACAGUUAAAGAGUGAACGUCAUUCUUUGCAAGGCGCAUCUUUGUCGUCGAGUGAAGACAGUGACACCGAGGAAGAAACUAGCGAUAUAUCAGAGUCAGAACUAGAUCUAGAUAGUUAUUACUUUCUGCAGCCUAUUCCAACUAGACAAAGGAGAGCUUUAUUGCGUGCUGCAGGCGUUAGGAAAAUUGAAGGUUACGAAAAAGAUGAAUGUAGAGACAUUAGGACGUCUCGUGAAUUUUGUGGAUGCUCUUGUAAGGGCGCGUGUAAUCCUGAGAGUUGUUCGUGUAGUUUAGCUGGAAUAAAGUGUCAAGUUGACAGACUUAACUUUCCAUGUGGAUGCACAAGAGACGGUUGUGGAAAUACUACUGGUCGGAUAGAAUUUAAUCCUGUAAGAGUCCGGACACAUUUUAUUCAUACUCUAAUGAGAAUAGGUCUUGAAAAGAAGAACGAGGAACACCAGGAGGCGGCCAGAAGGCAAUGGGCGGAAGUACAUAAUGUCGCCAAUUCAAAGUGCGCUCCUAACAUGUUUGAUAGAGAACAUUGUCAGCGGCACGAAGAAGGCCUAUUGCGUGAUGUCAGUUUAAGUCCGAGAGUAGAAGUUGAAUCGUGUGUUAAUGCUGGAAAUUUCAACAACGUUCAUUGUGACAUAAAUACAAAUGUUAAUCUCAAUAACAUGCAGGGAGAUAUGACUUAUGGAUACCGAAAUGAUGCAGUGAACAAUAGAAAUAUAAAUGAAAAUAAUAUGCAUUAUCAAAAUGUAAACACUCAUCAUAACCUCGCUGAUCCAUACACUUCGAAUAUUCUCCAAGGUAAAGGUCCACCUUACUCUGUAGCUAACACAAUGGCUUAUGAAUCAAUGCCAAACAACAUGCAAAGAUUCCCCUGUGAUCUCAAUUAUACUUACGAUCAUCAUAAUGAAAAUCAUCAUUUCAAAGGUUUACAGAGCUUCUCUGCAACAAGUUUUGAAGAAUUCGCGCACAAUUCCCAAAUAAAUAUGUUCAGUCAUUACGGUCACAUGUAUGUGCCGCAUUACUUACAUAAGUCAAACACUAAUGUAAACGAUCACAACUCCCUGCAAUACCACAAUAUGCCUCAAAAUCAAUAUGAAGUGUACAAAAAUAAUCCUUCAGAGUGUGUGGACGGUGAAAACAAAGGUGAAUCGCAAUAUUCCACUCUGAUGUCGUUGCCAUAUCAAAGUAGCAAUAAGUUACAGUCAGUAGAGAACGAUGAGAACUGGUUCAGUCACAACACCCUGUUGAGCUUGGACCACGCUGACCACGUUACGCAAGAUGCCUCGGACUUGCCUCCACAGCCCACGGACCAGCAAACUGAAAGCAAUUUAACGGAGACCACAGAAAAUUUUGGAGAAUUAAUUAAAAAAACUAUGGUAGAGUCUGUUAUUGUGUAGAUGAUUUACUUGUUGUCGUCAUAAUGAAUUAUCAUGUUAUUAAAUUUUUAAUUAUAUUGAUUGGGACUUUAA